UGCAGCCCUAUAUUUGCAGAGAUAGUCCCUGAAAAGUCACGGACAAGCAUCUAUGCACUGGAUAGAUGCUUCGAAACAAUUUUAGCAUCGUCCGCUCCUCCUGUUGUCGGGCUGUUGGCCGAGGUUUUUUACGGCUACAAACCAAAUCCAUCAAGAUCUAACAAAGAUAAAAGCAUUGAAAUUGAUAGAGAGAAUGCCGCCUCCUUGGCUAAGGCACUCUACACUGCAAUAGCAAUUCCAAUGUUUUUCUGUUGUAUAAUUUACUCCUUCCUUUACCGCACCUACCCGAGUGACCGAGAGAGGGCUAGAAUGCAUUCCUUGCUUGAAUCCGAAAUGCAGAUAUUAGAGCUGAAACAAUCUCAAGAUCAAAUUGAAUCAGAGCCAUUUCAAAAAGAGCAGCUUGUGAUUGCUGUGGCUUAUGACGAGGAGGAAAAUGAAGCUGAUGAUUAUGAUGAAAAAAGACUACUUUCCCCAGGUGGAAGAGGGACCAAUUGUCUUUCGUGACAUUUGAUUUUCUUCAGAAG